AUGAACUCCCUCAACAUCAUCACGGCCCGCGUCUCGCCUCCCUCAAGCCCCGCCCAGUCGCGAUCCAAUAGUAUAGGUUCCAUUGGCAUCGGCAUUGCCCCCGAAGACCACUCCCACGAUCAAUCCGACGAUAGGCAACCCGCCCAUGGCACCGAGACCUUCCCCGAUGACACCUUUGACGAGUCGCGCUUCGAUACGGAAAAGCCCCACGCCCGCGAAGACACUCCUUUGCUAGGAGGCGAGCCCGACAAACGAAGCAGCUGGUGGCAUGCACUGCCCCGGGGGAUCGCAUCGAGCCUUAUCAGCUCCAUUCGCUGGGUUUUUGCGACUCUGGCCUCUCCAGGUGUCUAUCUCAUCGCCUGCUUCUACGACGAGAAUGGCUUCUUCGCGCCCUUCUCACAGCUUGGAAAGCUGUUUGGGAUCCACAAGGGCACUGGUGCCAAGAAGUCCUUGGACGAGCCCUACCCGGCUACUGAGAAGCAGGGCUACGGGCGCACAUCGGGAUAUCGAAGUUUGUCACCAAGGGCCGCCGUCUCGUCAGGUUCAUCGUCAUCAGGUCUGUCCUCGGAAUCCGAAUCAGAAGAGUCCCGGUCAGGUAGCCUAGGUCGGCAUACCCGGUCCAAGUCGUUGCAACCCACGGAGGAAACCUCACCCGCCCGGAGGUCAAUUAGGAUCAAGCUCAGCAGCGACGAGGCUCUGAGGCAACGAAAGCACAGGAAGACGCAGUCUGCCGUCGCGCGGACGAAAGCUAGUGAACUGGCCAGCGGAGACAUCUCAUCACUCUCAUCACACCUCAAAUCACCCACCUCUCCCAUCACGGCCCUCACAAAAUACCCCAAGACCCCGGCGCCUCCCCAACCCCUUAUACCCCGGAGGCAGCCAUCGUACCUUAAUAUUGAAAUACCGAAGAAUCAACAGAAGACAUUGAUCCUGGACCUGGAUGAGACGCUGAUUCACAGCAUGUCUAAAGGAGGCCGGAUGAGCACAGGACACAUGGUUGAGGUGCGCCUGAAUACGACAUACGUGGGGGUUGGUGGGCAGACGUCUAUUGGACCGCAGCACCCCAUACUGUAUUGGGUCAACAAGCGACCUUAUUGCGACGAGUUCCUGCGGCGGGUGUGCAAGUGGUACAACCUGGUCGUCUUCACAGCGUCGGUACAAGAGUACGCAGACCCAGUCAUUGACUGGCUGGAGCAAGAGAGGAAGUUCUUCUCGGCUCGAUACUACCGACAGCACUGCACGUUCCGGCAAGGUGCAUUCAUCAAGGACUUGAGCGCUGUCGAGUCUGACUUGAGCAAGGUGAUGAUUCUGGACAAUAGUCCGUUGAGCUACCUCUUUCACCAAGACAAUGCGAUUCCGAUUCAAGGCUGGAUCAACGACCCGACGGAUAACGACCUGAUGCACCUAGUACCCCUGUUAGAAGGCCUACAAUAUGUGCAUGAUGUACGGGCACUGCUGGCACUGCGCGGCGGCGAGGACGGACAGCACAUGGCAUAG